AUGGAUGAAAUAUUAUACACAAUAGACCCAGAGCGCAGGGAUGUUGCGAAGUUCAGGGCUUCAGAAGCGUACAAGAAGAUAACGCAGUACAUCGCCAGACUCAACCGGAAGAUACAGGGAAAUGAGAUCCCAGGAGACCUCAAGCGAUUCUACGACCUCUCAGAAGACAGGACUCUGGAGAGCCUCAAGAAGCACGUUCUGGACUCUGAAGUUUCCGACUCCUCGAGUAUCAUCACUCCCGGGAAUAUUUUCCUCCUGCAAAUUGAGGAAAUAGUUCGGGAAGUUCCGAUAGAGGAGGGGGAUCAGAGGUACGGGAACAAGGGAUUCGUGAACUUUGUGGAAAGAGUCUCCGUGGAGGGGGAGAGACUCAUUUCUCACGCAUUCCCAGGGCUUGUACCUGAGGAUGUUUCUGUCCUGCAGAAGUACCUGCAGGAGUCCUUCGGGAACAAGUCGAGGAUAGACUACGGGACAGGGCACGAGCUGAACUUCUUCUGCUUCCUGAUCGUCCUCAUGACGACGGAGGCUCUUGAGGAAAGGGCUUUUCUCCUCGUUAUGGAGCACUAUUUCAGCAUAGUCCGGAUGCUUAUACUGAAGUACAAGCUAGAGCCUGCAGGAAGCCAGGGAAUGGGGGGACUCGACGACUAUCAGCUGCUGCCUUUUCUCUUCGGGUCGGCGCAGUUUUGCUCUCGGGAGGGCUUUUUCUUUGAGCUUUUGUUUGCGGAGGAGCAGCAGGGACUCUGCUAUUCGAAGGCUCUUAGGUUCAUUCACCUCGAUAAAACGUAUCCUCCGAGCAAGCACACGUUCCGGGAGAGGGUGGAGAAGUACGGGGAGCUGAAACUGUCGGAAGAGCCUUUUUCUAGGCACUCCGUCGUGAUUUACUCGCUCAGAUCGGUUCCCGUGGGAAAAGUAAACAGCGGAACGAUAAAAAUGUAUGACGGCGUGGUUCUGUCCCCGUACGCUGUCAUACAGCACUUUAUAUCGAGCAAGUACCUUCGCGUAUAG